CCUCUUCCUCGUGUCCUCUUGCGAAAAUAGCCAGAGCACAUUCCCACACCUCCCAUGGCGAUCCAACCCCGGAUCACCGGCGGCCGCAGGCAGCCGCUGCCGUUGCCCCUGAAGAGGGCCCUCCUGGCCGCUAUCACUGUCGCGGCGGCUCUCUCCAUCCUGUGCAUCCUGUCCUUCACCGACACGCUGUCCUUCACGGACACGCUCUCCUUCCUGGGGUUCCGGCCCCGGGACGUCGACAAGAGGGACGGCAACCGGAGGUACCUUUACUGGGGCAGCCGCGUCGACUGCCCCGGAAAGCACUGCGGCUCCUGCGCGGGCCUCGGGCACCAGGAGUCCAGCCUCCGCUGCGCCCUCGAGGAGGCCCUCUUCCUCGACAGGGUGCUUGUCAUGCCUGCAAAGAUGUGCCUCAAUUCAGUGCACAAUACAAAGGGGGUCCUUCAAUCAAGCAAUGCAACUUCACAACAAAGGUGGGAAACGGGUUCUUGUGCAAUGGAAUCUUUAUAUGAUAUCGACCUCAUAUCAAGAACUGUACCUGUUAUUUUGGAUAAUCCACGAUCAUGGUACGAGAUAAUAUCAAGAAGUACAAAGCUCGGUGAGGAUGGCUUGGUGGUGAAUGUACAAGGGGUUAGCAGAGCUGAACUCAAACAAAAUUCAAAUUACUCUGGUGCUCUCCUCAUAAACCGCACAGCAAGUCCUCUUGCUUGGUUUAUGGAGUGCAAGGACCGGACCAAGCGUAGUUCUGUGAUGUUGCCAUACACUUUUCUGCCAACAAUGGCAACAAGGAAACUGAGGGAAGCAGCAAACAAGAUGAAAGAGAUACUUGGUGACUAUGAUGCUAUUCAUGUGAGACGAGGUGACCUACUGAAGAAUAGGAAAGAUAGAUUUGGUGUUGAGCGAAGUCUUCAUCCUCAUCUUGACAGAGAUACUCGCCCUGAGUUUAUCAAGAAAAGAAUUGCAAAGUGGAUUCGACCAGGUCGCACUCUUUUCAUUGCCUCAAAUGAAAGGACUCCAGGCUUCUUUUCAUCUCUAUCAGACAAGUACAGACUAGCAUAUUCAUCUAACUUCAGCAGCAUAUUGAAUCUGGUAAUCGAGAACAACUAUCAGCUAUUUAUGGUGGAAAGGUUGAUUAUGCAAGGCGCAAGGACGUUUGUGAAGACAAUGAAAGAGUUCGAUAAAGAUCUUGCUCUCUGUGAUGACCCAAAGAAGAAUACCAAAGACUGGCAGGAACCAGUUUAUACAGAUGACUGACGGCAGCUGUUUUGUGUUCCUAGAUACAGCUUAGUUCCAACUGUAUCACUGAUCUUAAAGGUUUCACAAAGAUGACCAAGUACUUACCAUUUAUGAGAUGAUAUGAUAGCUUGAGAUGGAUGCAUUAACUAUGGCAUGACAGAAGGGGAACAGUGAAAGCGAAUGUUGUCUGAAGUCUAAGCUUGAAAAUCUAUUGGCUUCAGAUAUGACUGCUCUUGUACACACCAUGUUCUUUUGUUCAGUUACGGUGUUCAAUUGGUUUGUUUUUCUUCAUUUGUUUAAAACAAAGAUUACUGGGUGGUGGGAGACUGUUUGUUAAUGUCUGUGGAUCAAACAGUUGUGUAUGUAUAGCAUGUAACUGCCGUUGGAGCAAAGCUAUCAACCGAUGAGAAACACAUUACUUCCUGCUCCUGUUGCUAUAUUGUACUUGUGUUAACAGCAUCAGUUAUGCUAGCUCUGUCCGUAGAAAA